AUGGUGGAUGACCAGAAAAAUGUGCGAUUCGUGCGUGGUUUUGUCGGCCCAGAGCCCCCCAAAGUUGACAAUGCGGAGGGAGAGAAGGGCCUGGAGCUACUCGCACAAACCGGAGCGAUUCACGAUGAGUCGACUUCUGCAGAGAAGCCCCGAUCGCCAGCUCCGAGCAAAGAACUUGUCCAGGUGAUCUAUGAUGCGGUCGCCGCAGAUGACACAGAGAAUCUCAGGAGAAUCUUGGUACAACAUUGGUGGCCCACGGAUCCUGUCUCCAUGAACAGCUGGUUUCUCAAAACUUCCAGACAACUCGGAACGGAUGGCAACAGCAGCGGAAUCCUUCACGGUGCCGCAGAACUCAAUGGUAUGCGGAUCACGCAAAAGCUUCUGGCGGCUGGUUUCGAUGUCAACGCCAGAAAUGCAGUUCAAUCAACACCUUUACAUUGUGCAGCUUACAACGGGCAUGUCGAAAUGGUCGAAUACCUACUCCGCUCCGGCGCCAAUCCAGGUCUUUCAUGCCGGCAUGGGUCGACUGCUCUGCAUCUGCUACUUGGAGGCAAACAAGACAAAGAAGACAGCGUUCACGCUGUUGCAAAGCUUCUGCUGAAGCACGAUGUGCCCAUUGAUGAACCGAACUCGAUGCACCACACCGCUCUAACACUUUCUGCUCGGAGAGGAUUCAAACUCGUAGCCGAGCAGCUCUUGGCUCACGGCGCAUCAGUGAAUGGCUCUCCAGGCGAAUGGGGCCCAACGCCGCUCAUGGAAGCAUGCAACAACCAGCUUUCGAUCGAGCUCGUUCUACUCUUUCUCAAAAACGGAGCGAGCCCCAAUCUUUGUCGGCCUCUGAAGAAGGGCGGUCGGUCAGUGACGGCUCUGGCAUUAGCAUGCAGUUGCAUGAAGAGUGAUGGCAGUGAAGGGAGUGAAAGAUAUCAGAUAGUGUCUCACCUGCUGUCUGCUGGUGCAGACGCAAACAUGGAAGGAUGCAGUGCAACGGAUGCGGCGGCUAAACGUGCUCAUGUUGACAUCGUCCAGCUCCUGAGACAGUCGGGAGCUGAUAGAGCAUACGAAUUUCACACGCCGCGAUAA